CCCACUCUGAUGAUUAUUGUGCCUAAAUGUAACCACCUCCGCCUGUGUACACCACGCCUCACCAGAUCCUUACCAAUGUCUGCAGCCACUGUGAAUGUUUAAUAAUCUGAAGUAUGUGAACAACAUUGGUUGUAGAAUGCUUUUUGAGCUCCCACUGAGAGUCUAGACUGCGGUCCUGGAGAGUAAAGACAGUGGUGCUGCAAGUGAAUGCCUUCUGUUUGCAGCCUGUAUGCAAAUCUGGUUUUUGAAACAAUGCAUGCCCAUCGUUCCCUUCUCCUCUCAGCGGUGAUCAUCACAUGUUUCUUUAUGACGGGAUCGUACAAUUGCGUGGCUUGCCAGAAGAAGACGUCCUGCCAUGUGCAAGACCGUAGAGCUGACUGCAGUCAUCUCAGCCUCAGUGCGGUCCCCCCAAACCUUCCCAGCAACCUUACCAGCCUGGACAUGUCUCACAACAGAUUGCCGGGGAUUCCCCCUGACUCACUAACCCCAUACCCAGGCCUCCUCCACCUUGAUGUCGGUUUCAACAGUAUCACCAAGCUGGACGGGGGUUUGUGCCAGACAUUGCCUCUGCUGCAGACUUUAAAUAUAGAGCACAAUGAAGUGUAUAUUCUCAAGAAGGAGGAUGUGAGCCAUUGCACUAAUCUAACAAGGUUGAAUAUGGCUAGUAAUAGGCUAAAACUACAAGGAGAGCCUUUCUCUGCACUACAGAGCCUAAAGUUUCUUGAUGUUUCCGCAAACAAAUUGCAAUCAGCCAAGCUCGGCUCUCAGCCUCAGCUGCCCAGCCUGGUGAACCUCAACUUGGCAUUCAAUAACAUCAACACUCUGAAGAAAGAUGACUUUUCCUUCCUUAACCAUUCAUCUUUUCUACAGACCCUCAACCUGUCAUCUGUGUCUCUAAAAAUAUUGGAGCCUGGUUGCUUUAAGCCCAUUUCAGGACUACACACUUUAAUCAUGGAUGGGAGCAAAAUGGGCACUCUGAUUAUUGCUAAACUCUGCUUAGAGCUGUCAGGGACAGCCAUUGAUACCCUGUCUCUUCGGAAAAUGAAGCUGGUCACACUCACCAACAAAACAUUUUCAGGGCUACAAAAAACAUAUCUAACCUUCCUGGAUCUGUCCUAUAAUGGAAUGGGCAAAAUUGAACCAGGCUCAUUUCAGUGGCUGCCCAGACUUCAGACUCUAAUUUUGUCGGACAAUAACAUUAAGCAUGUGACCAAGGAGACAUUUCAGGGGCUCAAAAGUUUGAAAAAACUCAAAUUGACAAAAGCUCUUGUGAAAAGUCAUACCUCCUCCACCCCGAUUAUUGAUGAUUUCUCCUUCCAACCAUUAAGUGCCCUUGAGAGUUUGAUAUUACAGAGUACUGCAGUUCGGGAACUCACAGAGCACACUUUUACAGGCUUGACAAGUCUUAAAGAACUUGAUAUAAGUUGGAGUACUUAUACCUCGCUCAGAAAUAUCACCAACAAGACCUUAGUCUCACUAGCCGGAUCACCUCUCACAAAGCUAAAUCUGACAGGAACAGCCAUAACAAAGAUUAAUCCUGGAGCCUUCUCUGUUUUCAGUAAUCUCACUACUCUUGUUCUAGAUCACAACUUUAUUAAACAAAUUCUCACUGGCAAAGAGUUUGAAGGCCUGAGCCAAGUUCAAGAGAUUCACAUGUCCUAUAAUCACCUGACAGUCAAUCUGAGCUCCACGUCGUUUGUUAAUGUUCCCAAUCUUAGGGUUCUGACUUUGGGAAAAAGUCUUACAGCCAAAGCCUUGAACCCGGAUCCCUCUCCAUUCAGUCGCCUGUCCAACCUCACCAUCCUGGAUCUCAGCAACAACAACAUUGGUAACAUCCGAGAGAAUAUGUUGGAGGGGGUUGUGAACCUAAAGGUGCUGAAGCUCCAACACAAUAACUUAGCCCGUUUGUGGAAGAGCGCCAACCUAGGUGGGCCAGUGUUGUUUCUCAAAUGGGCACGGAACUUGAAAACCUUACUGAUGGAUAGUAACGGGCUGGAUGAGAUCCCAGCAGAUGCUCUGAGAGGGCUGAGUGACCUCCGUGAACUAAGCCUGGGUAGCAAUCUCCUCAAUAGUCUUAAGGACUCCAUUUUUGAUGAUCUCAACUCACUGCAGCUUUUAUUUUUACAGAAGAAUCUGAUCACAACUGUGAGGCCCGAAGUGUUCAAAACACCUAUGAGCAACCUCAGCCUGCUUCUCAUGGGAAAAAAUCCAUUUGACUGCACAUGUGAGAGCAUCCUGUGGUUCGUGACAUGGUUGAAUAACAAAAAUAUGACCAAUGUGCCAGGUCUCAGGGACGAGUAUAUGUGCAACACUCCACUAGCUUACUUUAACCGCUCUGUCAUGGAUUUUGACACCCUCUCUUGCAAAGAUAUGACCCCAUUUCAGACUCUUUACAUACUGAGCAGCACCACUGUCAUCAUGCUGAUGGUAACUGCACUUCUGGUGCGGUUCCACGGCUGGAGGAUUCAGUUUUAUUGGAACAUAUUGAUCAAUCGCACAUUAGGGCUUAGUGAUGCCAGAGUUGAAGAGGGCAGGGAAUUUGAGUAUGAUGCUUACGUCAUACAUGCUGAGGAAGAUGCCAGCUGGGUUGAGAGAAGGAUGGUCCCCUUGGAGAAUGACAACUGCAGGUUUUGUUUGGAGGAUCGAGAUUCAGUCCCUGGCAUGUCCCAGCUUGAAUCCAUUGUGGAUAAUAUGAGAAAGUCUCGAAAAAUCUUGUUUGUCGUCACUGAAACUCUUCUCAGAGAUCCCUGGUGUAGACGAUUUAAAGCCUACCAUGCACUUCACCAGGUCAUUGAAGCCAGCAGGGACUCUGUGGUACUGGUCUUCCUGCAGGAUGUUCACGACUACAAGUUAUCUCGCUCACUCUUCCUCCGCAGGGGCAUGUUGCGUCCAUGCUGCAUCCUGGACUGGCCUGUCCACAAGGAGAGGGUACCGGCCUUUCACCAGAAGCUCCUCAUAGCACUUGGCAUGACUAAUCGAUUGCAGGAGUGAAAGUAUUCCACUGAUAGUAAUGGGAAGUUCUUAUUAUAAUAUUAAUUACCAGUGUUUGUUCAGUUAUCGCUUAUUUCUACCAACUGUGGAUUGUUUUGCCCUCUGUGUAAAUAUUGUGCUUAUUCGACUAUGCACUGUAAACUGUACAAACCUUAUUGUAUUUCCAUUGCAUUGCAGCUUUAUAUACAACAAAAACAAGUGUUUUAAUUUGAAUGUUAAACAGUUUAUGAAUGAGCAAAAGGGGAAACUCUAAUGUGCAAAAAAGUGGCUCUGUGUGUAUCUGCACACACACAAAAAACUAUGGCUUAUUUGUGUAUUUAUUAUUUGCCUAUUCUGUAACUAGUAAGGUACAAAAAUCAUCCUGUUUUCAGAUGUUUUAAACUCUACAUAUACAGUAAAUGGCUAAAUAAGGCUUAUCAAAACAUAACUGUUAGGAAAAAAAACAACGAAAUAAACAAAGAAGUUGUUUUAGGUUUUAUAUUUCUUAUAUGGUCUUGUUAUGCGAUGGCAGAAUAUGACUUUUAAAUGAAUAAUUUGAACAUUCAUAUCCCUUCCUCUUUAAUUGUGGCUAUUAACAAAGAUAACAGAAAUGCCACAAAAAAAGGACAUAAAAUAGUUGGCUUCAUGUAUUCCAUGUUUGCAUGUGAGAAAAUAAAUGGCAGUGAUACCAGUGAAGUAGUCCCAUUUAUCCCAGUCAAUAAUGUGUUUCAAAAUGAUCAAUUAUUUUCUAAAAGUCAUACACUGGCUGUAUGUUUUAUAAAGCUUUAUAAAGCUUUUUAUUUCAUUCCCAAAUACUAUUAUUGCUUAGGAGUUUCUAACAUUUUACUACAUAAAAUAAAGUAAUAUUUGUAUAGUUAUUUUUGUUUUAAAACAUUCCCGGGGCACAAAAAUAGCGCAUAGUUGUUGAUAGACAGCUAUAUGAUGCAGUGUAUUUUUAUAUGGGUCAUUUUUUGUAAUUAUGAUGUCCAUGAUGAUGAGAAAAUUCUAAAAUAUAAACACCAAGGUCACUACUCUCCCUGACCUCGAAAGGGGUUUUAGAAAAGAUUACAGUGCACCACCAUUCGAACUGGGAAGGACGUACUAUAGAUUAAAACCUCAACAGAAGAUGUUUUUCCAGAGUAGUUGUAACCUUUUCCAUUUUGAUCCAGAUGCCCUCCUCUGUUUGCAAGAUGAGCUCUCUGGCAAGUUUAGGACAAUCUUAAACGUUAAAAGUUAUUCCAGAAUGGACGAUAACACACUGACUUGAGGAGCAUAACAGUGCAACACACACAGCAGCAUUUCUGGAUGUGAUACACAGAAUUAAAGGUGUGUAAGAUUUAGGGGUAUGUAUUGGUAGAAUAUGAUACUUUGGUUUUUAGAAUGGGUUUUUGGUUAGAUGCCUGAAAUAAGCUAGUUCAAGGUCUAGUGUGUAACAUUUAGGUGGAUAUAUUGACAGAAGUGGAAUAUCAUAUUCAUAGAUAUGUUUUUCAUUUGUGUAUAAUCACCUGGAAAUAUGAAUUGUUGUGUUUGUUUUGUUAUUUAUCAAAGUGUUUAUUUUCUGCUGUAAUUUAAAAUCCAUGGCCAGGAAAGGCUUCCUUUAAGAGGCAGAAACCUCAAGCAUAACCCCUCUGACUGGGACGCGUCACAUUUAGAGAGGGAGAGAGGAGGAGAGGGGUGAGGGCUUUGGCUGAGGCCUGGGAAAAGGUGACAUCACUAGUGUGAUAGGCAAGAAAUAUGAGCCAUGAGAUCAUACAACCUGUCUGAGUAUCUGAUCACUGGUGUCCUGUACACUGCCAUUAUUACUGAUUGGAAUGAUAGCGAGAACUGAGGAAAUAUGACCCCACUUGUAAUAAACUUGAACUACCCUUCAAUAUGACGUAUACGAUCAUAUCUUCUUGCACACAUACUCUCAAAAAAUUAAAUGACUUUUCUAGGUCCAUCCCAGAUUGAAAGGAAAAAGAAAUUGGAAUUGGAAU